AUGUGGGCGUCGCUUAGUCGAUGCAUUCAGAGAAAGUUCUUUCGUGUCUUUGCAGCCUGUUUCAUCAUCUUCCUCGGCCUUGCCUUUCACCUUACCCAGCACACCCAGCAGAAACACCACGAGCCGUUCGUGGCCCCCAUCACGAAGCCCAUCGUCCAUGGCAACCCCGUGGAUGGCCUGCCGGAGCCCUCCUAUGCUCUUGACCCCUUCCCCUACUCACCUCAGCAGCCUUCAACAACAAACGGCACCACCGAUGAGCCCCCAAAACCCUGGCUCGCGGCGGUCAUCUCCACAGCAUCAGAUGCCAAGCGCCGGACGCUCAUUCGGUCAACAUGGAUGAGAAUCUUCAAGGACGUGCCGUUCGACGGACGCUUUGUGGUGUCCAACCCGGGGCCUCAGUGGACCGAAAUGGUGGCCAAGGAGAACCGCACCUUUGGGGACAUAAUUGUGCUCGAUCACGUAGCCGAGGACGAUGUUACCGCCAACACCAUCAAGACUCUCGAGUUUUUCAAGUGGCUGGUCAACCACGACGUCAAAUACGAGUUCGUCUCCAAGAUGGACACUGACCUAUGGCUCAACGCUCGCGGGUUCUGGGACCGCUUCCUUGUACCGAGACUAUUGAAGGAUGCCGCUUUGGGGACUCUGAAAAGCACGGUUCGGAAAACCGUUAUCGGCGAGCUCUACUACUCUCCCACUUGGGACCUCGUCUUCCCUCAUGGAGCUAUGUACACUGUCACUUGGGACAUGAUCAAGCUCCUGGUACGUCUUCAGAGCGAGCAAGGUGUGGUUACCGGGGAGGAUAUGGCCGUGGCUACUCUCAUGCUGCACGGGCGCGAGAGGGCCAACUUUGUCAACUUCAGGGGCACGGAGAAGUUUGAUUACGACGACGAGGACGCCCGGCACGACGGUACGGCAUGGGCGAGGAGGAAGACGCACCCGGACGCCAUUCAGCAUGCCCUAGUCGGUGGCGAGGCCAUCGCGAUUCACCAGCUGAAGGACGAGAACCUGUGGUUGAAGGUCGCCGACUGCUUCGACGAAAAGGGAAUCAAGCCGGCACCGCAGACCUCGCAGUCGGAGUCAGAGUCUCAGAAGCCCAUGUCGGUGCAAUGGCAUGACUUCUGGUUCUGGAUGGGAGUCUCGGAUCGCUACGACGCAAGGUUCAGCAGGAUUCCAGAUCUUUUGUGGACGAAAGAGGACGGGCACUGGAUAUGCGAUGGGAUAUGGGACCUAGGGGAGAACAAAACGGGAUUUACAGCGGAAUAA